UGCAUUAUAAUGAGGUAGGAGGGUAGACAUCACCAUGGAUAAGAGCGCUUUUAAAGCUGGACAGAUAAACGUUGCUGUUGACUGGAACCACCAAUAAAAUGCUGCCUUGGAAGAAAAAUAAGUUCGACCUAAUUGAGGAAGACAAGCAAUCCAAGCAGAAGGGCUAUGCUGUGAGUCUUAACUACUCUGCGCUCACCUCCUUCGCUAAGUCCUGCCCAGAGAGCGCACUCAACAGGGUGGGCAGCAUGUUCAAGUCCAAGAGGAAAAAGGUGAAGAUCACUAGCGAGGACCCCACAUACACGGUGCUCUACCUGGGAAAUGCAACUACCAUCCAGUCCAAAGGGGAGGGCUGCACGGAUGUGGCGGUGAGCAAGAUCUGGGGCAAAAGCGAGAUGGGCAAGAACAGCACCAAGAUGAGGCUCACCAUCAGCUCGCAGGGUAUCCGGAUGGUGCAUGUGGACGACAAGGCCAGGAGGCCGGGACACUUGUACUUGCUGCACCGGAUAACCUACUGCGUCGCGGACCCGAGGCUACCCAAGGUUUUCGCUUGGAUUUACAGGCAUGAGAUGAAGCACAAGGCCGUGAUGCUCCGCUGCCACGCAGUGCUGGUGUCCAAGCCGGAGAAAGCAAAGGCCAUGGCGCUGCUGCUUUAUCAGACAUCGGCUACAGCCCUGGCAGAGUUCAAAAGACUAAAACGGAGGGACGAUGCCAGGCACCAGCAGCAGCAGCUCAUAGGGGAACAAACUAUUCCGCUAGUCCCUCUCAGGAAGCUGCUAAACGGACAGUGUUACUAUAAACCCCCGGUGGAGCGCAGCCGGAGCGCGCCGAAGCUGGGCUCCAUCACAGAAGACUUAAUCGGUGAGGAGGAGGAAGAGAAAUCCAUGCACUUUGAAUGUGAGGACAUUCUGGACACGGCCGAUGAUUGUGUUGCCAACGGUAAACAGGAGCUGACUCAGAUUAUUAAUGACUUGGGAGAAAUGAGCAUAGGAAACGAUGUGCAGACACUGAAAUCUGACCUCAGAGUCACCAGACUUCUCUCCGGAGAGAGCACGGGGAGCGAGUCCUCCAUAGAGGGCAGCCAGGAGCCUCCUCCACUCACUAAUGGGUUUGAGGAGGUUAAGGUGCAGGAAAUUGCCUGAAUAAUUUGAGGCAUUUCUGUGCGCCUCUGACGUAUUGUUUUGUUGAGCCACAAUGUCUCCACAAGAAAUAUUUCCUCUGCCAUCAGUCCUGUGUUGGAGAGUUUAACCUGUGCCUCUACAGCUAAUUGAAAUAAUUCUCCAAGGUUCUGGGACAAUUACCGCACAGGGACAGACAGCUAGGCUACUGAGUGAUAUUUUAGGACUGUGCAAAGACAGAAACAUGUCGAAAAAUAACUGCAUGCCAGAUUGAGUGAUGCCUGGUUGAACAGACAAAAUCAUUAGGGCCAGCGGCACUAAUUCCAUCUCUUUUAUUUAAGAGGAUUUGUUGUAGCCCCAAGCUUGUUUACCUAACUUUUUUGUCUCCGAAAAUGGCAUUUUUCAUUUGAAAGGUGCUCGCCACAAUCCAAAACCAUUCCGUCUUUAAAGCACGUUUUGUUUUUGUCCCAAGUGGGUUCAGUGGGUCUAAAGGGCAUCCUUAAUUUACCUAACAGUCUGUUCAUUUAUUUUAGUUUGCACUGUUAUUGGAUUCAUUUUGAGUAUUAUGUUGACUACAUGUACAUAAAAUGUUUGUUGUUAUGUUGUCUGAAACAUAAAUGCCAUAUCUUUGCUGUGCAAAAGAAAAGCAUGUUUAUGUAUGAUGUAAAGAUGUUCUAAGUAUAAAAAUCUUAUUU